CAGGCGCCGCUGAUUCAUUCUUCAUUAUUAUUCGCAUCUACUCUGUACAUUCACCAUCUUUUUGUAUCCUACGUCGUCACAAACAACGAUUCGUUUUUCGACGACGUGCACAAAGCACUCUUGCUAUGUGAAGCGUAGCCUGCGACUCCAUUUACUGGAUGACAAAAACCACACUCGCUCAGCUUUGCUAAGACAAACUCCAGACGCUUCAACAUCGCAACAACAACCGCAACAAUCGCUAUGUCGUCGCCUAAGCCAUCCGUAGGCGUAGAGGAGCCUGCAGCUCAGUCGCCAAAGCCAGAGUCGCCAAAGCGCGACGGCGCAACCGAACCAGUGGAGGAGAGUUCAGAUCGCGAAGACGGAGAGGCUUCUGAAUCUCCUGAGGAACCUAACAGCGCCCCCGAUGAUAAGGAUGCGCCUCCUCUACCGAACGAACCGACGCCAGAUGGACCACCUUUGCCAAGCGAGCCUGUACCUGGUGGCCCUCCGUUGCCCAACGAGCCUGCGCCGCAACAAGAGGAUGAUGGCUGGGACUGUCAGUGGGACCCAAACACGCAAGCUUGGUUCUUCGUGAAUCGCUUCACUGGCAAGUCUCAGUGGGAUAACCCUCGUAUUACCACGAGCGCUCCUAUACCCGCUGCCCCGGGCACCGCCCCAGGUGUUCCUCAACCUCCAGCUUCAGAGAAACCUGUCGCUGGAGGCUACAACCCGGCAAUCCAUGGCGAUUACGAUCCCAACGCUUGGUACGCAAAAUGUACUCAAGAAGAAGACCAAAUUGCGACCACAAGCGCCGGCAUCACCGACCCUGCAGAGAUAUACGCCGCAACAGCAACGUUCAACCGCUUCACAGGCCAGUUCCAAGCAGCUGGCCAAGGGCCCGAGCGUCAUAGCGAUGAGGCCAAGUCAAAGCGCCAGAUGAACGCCUUUUUUGACGUUGAGGCCGCAGCCAAUGCCCAUGACGGCCGGAGCUUGAAGGCAGAGCGUUCUGGGAAGAAGCCUUCCAAGGCUGAACUGAAGCAGUUCAAAGAGAAGCGAAGGGCUCGUAAGGAGGAAAAGCGUCGCGCUUGGCUCAGGGACUGAGACUAGCGGGACUUUUUCUAUUUUCGUAUACUAGGUGGCAUCAUUGCUCGAAGGCGUUCUUAUGGUAGGGAGGAGUUGGUGGGCCGUUUCUGGAUUUGAUUGAAGAGACGACAGCCGCUUUGGAUGUAGACGUGCUACUGUGCAUUGAGAAGAAGGUCGGUGAAGGCUAGAAGGCUAGGGAUCGGCUCAUAUAUUUAUACCCCAAUAAAUCUUUUAAAAUUAC